CUCUCUCUCUCACUCCCAGGGUUGUGUGACAACAUCCAGUUAUGUGAGCAGUUGUGUUACAAUCUCCAUGAUGGGACCUUUGAGUGUACCUGCCAGCAAGGUUACUCCCUCGAGCCUGACGGAUACAGCUGUACCAGGCUGAACUACACCAAGCUCGACUCGUCAAUAUUGUAUGAAAAAGAGGCGUCCUUCGUGGCUGUACUGGACGACAACGACUACCAAUCGGAUUCUGCCGGGUCGUAUCAGCUUGGCGAAUCCGAGGUCGGUGGUCCACACGCUGCCAGGUACCAAUCUGGCCCCAAUCAAGUGUAUAACCAAGAGAUUGACUAUAACCAGUUGAUUGACAGAGCUGAUAUAUUAAACUAUGACAAAUACAAGACGGAGCGAGAGACCCUGCUGGAGAACCUAGGAGCUGAGGAGGAGACCGGCCCGGAGACCUUCUUGGAGAUAGACUCAAGAGAUCCAUUCCACCCCCACACUUCUCCUGGGCCCAACCUGGAGCAGAAGGUCCCGUCUGAAGUACCUAACCUGCAGGCCACUGAGAGUCUCACCUCCCUGUGCCAACUGGAGUGUGGCUCUGGGAGGUGCCAAGUAGACGUCCAGGCUGGAGUGCCACGAUGUAUGUGCCCUCUGGGGCGAGCUGGAAGGUACUGCCACCCAGGUUCACAGAUAGAGACGGCCCGUUUCCAUGGGUCGUCCUGGGUCGGGUUUGCACCGCUCCGAGAGGCAUACAGGGAUGUACAGCUGACACUAGAGUUCAAGCCAGAGACUGCUGACGGCGUUCUGCUGGUGUCAGGAGAGAAUGAUGACCUGACGGGUGACUUCAUGGCCGCUGUGCUCGUUGGCAGCUAUGUGGAGUUCAGAUGGGACUGUGGGUCAGGGGCCGGGUCAGUCAGGUCACCAGAAGAGGUUCAUAUGGGCGAGUGGAACCGUCUGACUGUCUACCGUCACCGCUGGGACGUGUGGCUUCAGCUCAAUGAUGGUCACCACAUCCAGGGUCGCUCAGAGGGUUUGUUCUCCCGCAUCACCUUCCGUGAGCCACUCUACGUGGGCGGCUCCAACAACCUGACGUCCCUCGCUCCAAGACUCGGGGUAACCACCGGCCUUCAAGGGUGUGUGAGGCGACUUCAGGUCAAUGACCACGUCUACCGUUUUCGAAAAAGUGAUCCUCUUAGGGAACCAAACUUGCCGUCAGACUACGCCGCCCUGGAUGGCUGGGGCCUAACUGAGUGUAUUGGUGAUGCAUGUAGUGAGGUAGAGUGUCAGCAUGGAGGGAAGUGUGUGGCCUCUACCCAAGACACCAAGAACCUCUCAGCGGUGACUACAACCCCAACUCCUCCCCCGUUCUUUGCCCCGCCACCACCUGUCCCCGUCUGCCUCUGUCCAUUAGGCUAUGCUGGAGACUUCUGUGAAAAGCAACUCAACCUUGAGGUUCCUUCCUUUAAUGGGUCGUCACACCUUAUGUUCCCUGCACUGGGAGGUUCUGUGUUGUCAUGGCUGGAGCUGGAGUUGGUGUUCCGUGCAGCGUCAACUGAUGGAGUCCUCCUGUACGAGAGCCACCGGUCUGAUGGCACGGGGGACUUCAUAGCCCUCACGCUGUCCCAGGCUCAUGUCCUCUUUACCAUUGAUCUUGGUUCUGGUAUUUUGACUCUCAGGUCAGUGUACCCAAUCCGUCCCGGUAUCUGGCACUCGGCACGAGUGUCACGAACAGGUCGCUGGGCAUGGCUGUAUGUGGACGACCAACCUGUAGUGAGUGGACUGACUCCUGGUGGCUUCACCAUGUUGUCUCUCUCUCAUCCACUCUACCUCGGAGGUAUCCCGCCCACAUCCACCUCACAGCCCAUCCUGCCAGCAUCACAGUCAUUUACUGGCUGUAUACAGAAGUUAGCGCUCAAUGGUCGACCAAUUCACCUGGUCUCCGGGGCCGUCUCAGGAAGCAACGUAGAUUCCUGCAGUCACCCGUGCUCUCAGCGUCCCUGUGACAAUGGAGGCAUCUGUGAGCCUCACGGACCAACGUACACCUGCCGCUGUCCUCUUGGCUUCAAGGACGAGCAUUGCAGGAGUCGAGUAGUGACGCAAGCUGCAACUCCAAGCUUCAGUGGGCGGUCAUUCCUCAAGUAUGCUGACACAGAGAUCAUGAAACGAGUGUCUGGUGAUAAGCUACACCUGUGGCUGCGGUUCCGAGCCUUGACCCCAGAUGGCCUCCUGGUGUGGGCCGGGGAGGAGGACGAUGGUGGCGACAACAGGGACAUCCUCGGGCCACCUCUGGGAGACUCGCUCAGCCUGGAGUUACAAAAUGGACGCCUCAUACUCCGCUACAACUUGGGGUCAGGGUUUGCCCAGUUGAUUUAUAACAGUAGUGGUCGUCUGGAUGAUGGCCAGUGGCACACAGUCAGGAUCUACAGGUACGAGAGGGAAGGACGCUUGUCUGUGGAUGAUGGAGAGGAGAGUGUGGUUGUGUCGCCUGGGGACUUGGUGCAGCUAAACGUUGACACCUCCCUAUAUAUUGGUGGGCGGGAAACUUUCCAUGGACCUCAUAAUGAGUACAGGUCCCCUGGACUGACUGGCUGUGUGGCUGACCUGACCCUGGCAACAGACUACCAUGUUGACCUCAUAACUCAGGCAACAGCAGGGCAGAACAUCGACUACUGCUGACCGGACAGUGGGUAGGACGGAUGGGAGGAAGGGUAGAGAAAGAUGAAAGACAAAGCGGAUUAUUGAAGAAAUGAUUUUAUGAUGAGAUAAAGGAAGAAAUUAAAGAGAACAUUUUACCAAUGAAAACCAUUUCCUCUUAUUGUAUAUGUCAAGAGUUAGAGCAAAGGAAUGUAUUUAGUUCUGAGAUGUUGCUGAUGUAGGUUUCAAGGCCAUUGUGUGUUAAGUUACAUCUUUAGAUAAUAUGUUACCACUAGCUGAAUAUAUCACAAGACGCAGGUUAUAUUAAGCUAGAAAAAUCACUGUAAACUACAAAGAUUAUUAAAUGAGAAAAAAUAAGGAUUAAUUACUUGAGUCAGAGGUGAUAGAUGCAAGUCACCACCAUUUAGUUUUAAUGAUAUGGAUUAAAGUGCCGUAGAAAUUUAGUUGUUUACAGAGAUUUCACGUAAAUAUUGAAUGAGAUGCAUGAGUGUUGAUGAAACUUAACCACCACCUCAGUAGUUAAGAAUACCUUAUAUAGAGUGAAUGCAAAAUAUCACCUUUAUUCCUUAUCCCACCUAAGGUUCAUAAUCACUCAUCACAUUCAAGACAAAAAAAAAAAGAUAAUCUGUUGUACAGAUUUGUUGAGAAUGAUUAGGCAGUGUGCUGACCUGAAGCAUCUUAGAAGUGAUUCAUUCCUUUCAUUAUGUAGUGUGUGUGUGUGUGUGUGUGUGCAUGUGUGUGCGUACGUGAAGGAGGGUGGCCGUACCUGUAUGUUCUGCACACGUCAACAUUGUGUUUACUUUGGUUAUAUGUAGAAUCACCAUCAUAAAGGAUAAGUGAUGACUAUGUGACCAAGUUGUCCAUUAUGAAUACCACACUCAUGUAAGCUUUUUUCAUAUGUAGCUCCACACAGUCACAGUGAAGAUGUAUAGUGUGUGUGAGGCUAUGUAUAAAUGUAUGUAUGUAUAUGUCUGUAAAACUCAUAAUAUACAGAUAACUCUAAAUUAGGGUGAUGUUGUUCACUAUUAUGCUGAUAUUCAAGGUGUUUCUUUAACAAUGGAGAUGGCCUAAUUUAAAUCUCUCAGGGGUUUCGACUUGAACUGGUCAUCAGUCACAUCAACAGAUAACUGAGCCAGCUCACAUUGUUCCUCCAACAAAAACUUAAUUUCUUUGGCAAUAGAAAGAACCAGUGACUCGACCUUAGUUAUUAUAUAAAACAUAUCUGUAAACAGUGAUAUCUCCAUUAGCCAGAACAAUUGGUGUACGGCACUCCCGGGAACGAGAGAUUUCCAGGUAAUGAGACGACUCUCUCAAAGCCGGAAAAAAUCCCUCAUCACUGGAAUUUUCCCAAAUUUUCUGGGUAACGGAAAAAUAUUCUCGAAAGUUCCAGAAAUUGUGCGUUACAUUGUCUCUCGAACCCAGAAACAUAUCCCCCAUCCCCUGAAUUUUCCAGUUACCGGGAAAAUUUUCUCAGAAUUUUCCAGAAAAUGUGCCCUUUGGAAAGUCGUUCCCAAAGCCGGAUUAUCCAUAAUAUUCUGGCUUUGGGAACAAUUUUCCAAGAAAAUUUCAGUUUCGGCUAUCAGAGAGUUCCGGGUUUGAGGGAUUCCAGCUAACGGAGAUAUUACUAUUAAUUUUCAUCGUGCCGAGUUGCUGCAGUUAAGACUUUUUGGUUAAUGACUUGCAGUAUACUACAUAAGUUAGGUGUCAUCAUGUCCCCCAGUUGGUCGUCUCUCUUAACUUUGUAGCGAAAACCCUGGUCUCCAUUGAGCUGCUUGUGAGUAUAAAAUCAUAAUUGAGUUUGUUCAUUUUUUUUAUAUGUCUGCCAUGACUGUGUGUAUGGCUGUCAUGGCUGUGUAUAUAUACCUGCCAUGGCUGUGUAUAUACAGUAUACCUACCAUGGCUGUGUGUAUGGCUGUCAUGGCUGUGUAUAUAUACCUGCCAUGGCUGUGUAUACCUACCAUGGCUUUGUGUAUGGCUAUGUAUAUAUACCUACCAUGGCUUUGUGUAUGGCUAUGUAUAUAUACCUACCAUGGCUGUGUGUAUGGUUGCCAUGGCAGUGUGUAUGACUGAUUAUGUACAUGCAGUGCUUGACUCCACCAGUUGAAGAAGAAAUAGUCCAUGCCAUUUGUUGUAUAAGUGAUAAUGUUUCAGUGAAAGCUAUAAACCUACAUAUAAUUUCAAGUAUUAUUCAUGUUACCUAAAUCAUUACAAAUGUUUUUAUUUGUGUACAUAAUGAAUUUAUAGCACCUUUCAUAAUGGCUUAACUGAAUGUAAGUGUUCAUUUUGGGAUAUGUAUUUCAGUUUGUGUUCCAUCUGUUCAUUAUAGUUUUGCCAGAAUAUUGUGAAUCAGCUGAACAGUCAUUAUCGUGUGUUCAUUUUUUGUACCACAGUGAUGACAGAUAUGAGUAGCCUCCUCCAAGUUGCUGAAACCCAUAGCUUAAACGGUCGAUGCUGUACUCAGUGAUGUAUAUUUGGUCUUGUCGUAUGUGUAUGUCGUAUACCUGUACUAAUAUUGAUGACGGUAAGUUCAACUGUUGUCCUUGAAAACUACGAUAAACUAAGAUACGGAGAGUUAAAGUUUAAGCUAUUCUGUUUUGAGUAACAGUGACUGAUUGUGAGGUAACUUAUAACACUGAAACUAAUAAUUAUAAUUUCCCACAACUUUAAAACUACUAGAGUUAAAUAACCAAUGAUGGUUAUGGCAUUAAUAGCAGUUGAUAAUAAUACUCAUCCUUCACAAAGACAGCAUUAGUGACAGCAUUAUUUAAGAUAUAAAUUAAUUCUUGUAAGAUGUAAGUUGGGGCUCAAGCAGCUCCUACAAUAUUUGUUACCAAGACCCAAGAUGUGUGACAGGACUCGGCAGCAGUAAUACUGUACGUGGCUUGGAGGAGGUGUACCACGGCCCUGAGUGUGGAUACAACACUAUGGUUUUAUCAUUAGAAUUAAGGAAACAAUUUGCCUUUGAUUUGAUAAAAGUGUGUGUACUAUUAUCAUAUGGUUAUACAAGUUACUAAUUUCAUAACUAUGUAAGCUUUACUUCAAAACCUUAACAGAAAUUGGCAGUCAGUACACACUGUAAUAUGAUCCUAUAGGCAUAUUCUACAUAUCAUUUUGUAAUGUAAUAAUAGUAAGUUAAUCAAGAAGAUAGUGCCUACAUAUUUGUGUUACUUAAGUCAUUCUCAGAAUGAGCGUUCUUAGUAUCAUCUAGUCAAUGUAUGUUCAUGUAAACCAGUCAAGAGCUUACACACCACCGACCAGAGGAUGGGAGGGUAUGAUACUAGCAUUAUGAUCCUGGGCAACUAAAGCAUUACUACAGAUAACAUUGUUCCAUUGGAUGUGUAUAGAGUGUUACCAAGUUAUGGUCCUAAUGUACUAGAUAGUUUUUCAAAUUCAUAUUCAUUCAUGAGCUAAAUGUAAUGGUACCUGUGUAAAUAUAAUUUACAGUAUCCAGUAGUCCUCAGUCGAUAUGGUAUAAAUUCCUACCUUAAUCCUUUUACAGAUAAGAUGAGUCCAUGUUGCUAUUAUAUAUAUUCCAGUUUACAUUCUCCAAAACCAAUUAUAUACAUAUACUAUAUCAGAAUUAUACAUAUUCUAUGAGUUUUCUCAUGCCAGUAUUGACCCCCAAAAAAGAAUAAAGUUUUUAUGAAUACUAUAUAUAUAUUUCAAAAUGUAUAUACAUGUCUAUUACCAGAGACCCAGUACAGUACAGUACUUUGAUGCUUUAUGACUCAGUACUGCCACUUAUAAAUGUGUCACUAUUAAUUUAUUAAUAUUAUGGUCAGUUUCUGGCAUCAGUAAAUUUUAGCCAUUAAAAAAUACUUUCUCAGAUAAUGAUAAAAUUUGUGUCGUCGUCAACGCUGCAUAAUCAAGAUUGGGGUCAGCUGCAACUUGGAUCAUCCGGGUAUCAGUGAAGUACCAGAUACAUACCGGGGCAGAUGGAUUAUCAUACCCUUUCUAUUUUGGAUAACAUGCAAGAACAAAGGUCACAGCCUAACACUAGUAAUUUGAGCCUGCUGUGUGGUACUGUUGUAAUCAAUUGAAUAUUCAUCAUCAGAGGAGGAGUCAUAAAUGUAUUGGGUUCAGAUGCCCAUUUGCUGAUAUCAAAGACACUUCUGUUAGCAUGUGAAUAUUUAGGUACAGGUGUGGGGUCCCUUGUAUGGUGUUACCCCAUUCCAGAAAGACCCAAACACUGUGAAGGUAACUGAACAGUGAAUAAAAUAAUGUACAUUAAAGUUAACUGGAAGAGUAACUUAACCUUUGAUAUAAAGCAAAAUAAAUCCUCAUUACAUUUAGGUAAAGUUCUGGAUCUGAAAACCUCAUACUGUGGAAAAACUAAAUCAGUCUCCAAUUUGAUUUAACCUAACAUUUUCACCUGCAGUUUUCAAAGAUUAUGAUAACUGUGUAGGAAAAAUUGUUUAAAAUAAUUUCUGGGACUAAACUGUAACAUUAUGGUGUCUGUACAGUAUGGUAAGUAAUGUAAUCCAUAUUUAAGUAUUAUCCACAUUUUAAAAGAAAUAAGUAAUUUUGUAAGAUCUGUAGGUCCCCAGAACACCUUAUUAAUUUGCCACACUGCAGGUAAGAAUGUGUAAUGUGGCAUAUUAAUAAGUCUCAAGAGAUGUGAAGUGGUUGCACACUAUUGUUAUAUUACAUUGAUUAUAUUCACAGAAUUUAUCAUGUAUAUCAAGAACUUUACUAAAACUCAUUAUAAUUAAAUGGUUUUGAACUGUUGCCACCACAGGGUCAAGAUUCCAGCACUUGGUGUGACCUCUAGGACUCAGAAGCAUCAACACAGUUCAUGUACAGCAACUAAGGAGUAAAUCUUGUGCCAUUUUA